GAUCACCCUUCCUUUUUAUCUACCUUUCCUUUUAAUGCUUGAAAAGAUGCUCCUUUGUUGAUCAACAUGAAAACAAAAGGGACAGAAGCUCUUCUCAAUUUCUGCGGCCUGCGGGACUGGAGAAGCUUUUUAUCUUUGCGUCUUUGCCUUAGUUGAGGUUUGAAGUUCUGGACUUUGAUUUUGUCAUUCAUGGUAACAGCUGAUACCUGUUGAGAAGCUAUUUCGGUGGAAGGGAACACUGAAAUAUUGGAAGCGAUAGCUUUUGAAGUUGGUACCUUUUGGCUUUGGUGGGUUUUUGGUAUUGUUAUUGGGAAAUUUAAAGUGGGUUUUGUUGUAAGAGUUGGAUUUAUUAAAAUUUUUGUAUUGGGUAUGUUCCAUUGUUGAUAGCUUUUUUGCUGUAUAGAUGGUCAUGGAUCGAUCUUUAAAAGGAUUAUAUGGUUCUGUGAGUGGCUUAAAGCUCAAUGAUGAGAUCCUUUCUGUUUUAUCAGGUCAGAAUCUUGUUAAUGGAUCGAACUUGGAUAAUUGCUUAGUCAGCCAAAACUAUGCCAAUGUUCCUUCUUUGCUACCUGAUCUAACUCUAACCCCUAAUAGUUCGAUCUCGUCUUCGAGUAAGAGCCAAAUUGGGGAUUCCCAUGAGGAUUUUGAUUUUAGUGAUGUGGUACUGAAGUACAUUAGUGAGAUGCUUAUGGAAGAAGAUAUAGAAGAGAAAACAUGUAUGUUUCAAGAAUCUUCAACAGCGCUUCAAGCUGCUGAGAAAUCAUUGUAUGAACUUAUAGGGGAGAAGUAUCCUCCUUCACCCAAUUGUGAAUCAGCAUCUGAGUUAGAUCAAAACCACAAAAGUUCAGAUCAAAAUCCUGACUCGAAUUACGUUAAUUAUACUAGUAGUUCAAGCUGCAGUAGUGGUAGUAACUUGGUAGAUCCUGGGUUGAACUGCAAUCUGAGUGAGUAUAACCCCUUGAGAUAUGUUUCUCAAUCUGCUUCCCAGUCAUCUCAUAGUUCUGGGAACAGCACAGGUGCUGGUGUUGAUUGGUUUGUGGAUUCUCCAGCGAGUACAAUUUCCGAGAUAUUUAGUGACAGUGAGUCUAUUAUGCAGUUUAGAAAAGGGUUUGAAGAAGCAAGUAAGUUCAUUCCAAAUGGUAGUCUGUUUAUUGAUUUGGAGAGUAAUGGACUGUUUCUGAAAGACCUGAAUGAAGAGUCUAAGGACGUGGCAGUUAAGGUUGAGGAGAAGCAGGAGAUUGGGUACUUUCCAGAUGAUUCAAGGAAAAAGAAGAAUCCUUAUUCAGAAGAUUUGAAUUUAGAGGGAGGAAGGAGUAACAAGCAGUCUGCAGUUUGUACUGAAUCAACUGUAAGUUCAGCAGAUUUUGAUACAAUAUUGCUGAACUGUGGACAAAGUGAAUCUGCACUUCGUGAAGCUUUGCAGAAUGAAAAAAGCAAGAAUGUGCAGCAGAAUGGACAGAUAAAAGGGUCUGGUGGUGGAAAGGGUCGAGGUAAGAAACACGGAGGUAAAAGGAAUGUAGUGGAUUUGAGAACACUUUUGACCCUUUGUGCACAAGCUGUUGCGGCAGAUGAUCGUAGGAAUGCAAAUGAUCUGCUGAAGCAAAUCAGACAGAAUGCUUCUUCUACAGGCGAUGGGAUGCAGAGAGUAGCCCACAUUUUUGCUGAUGGCCUUGAGGCACGCAUGGCUGGCUCAGGAACCCAGAUUUACAAAGCAUUUAUGAGAAAGCAUACAUCAGCUUCUGAUGUCUUGAAAGCCUACCAUCUGUUUCUUGCAGCAUGUCCUUUUAGGAAGCUGUCCAAUUUCUUCUCAAAUAAAACAAUUAUGAAUGUGGCUCAAAAUGCAAGAAAACUACAUAUUGUUGAUUUUGGAAUUCUUUAUGGUUUCCAAUGGCCUUGCCUUAUUCAGCGUCUCUCAUCUAGGCCGGGUGGACCUCCCAAGCUUCGAAUUACUGGGGUUGAUUUUCCACAUCCAGGUUUCCGACCAGCAGUAAGGGUCGAGGAGACAGGACGCCGCUUGUCAAACUAUGCAAAAACUUUCAAUGUUCCAUUUGAGUUUAAUGCUAUAGCACAGAAGUGGGAUACAAUCAAAAUCGAGGAUCUCAGGAUAGAUAAAGAUGAGGUUCUUGUUGUGAACUGUCUGUACCGUUUAAGAAACCUACUGGAUGAGACUGUGGUGGUGGAAAGUCCAAGAAAUACUGUUCUCAAUCUGAUCAGGGAGAUGAACCCGGAUGUUUUCAUUACCGGGAUUGUAAAUGGAGCGUACAGCGCUCCAUUUUUUAUCACACGAUUCCGAGAGGCUCUCUUCCACUACACAACUCUGUUUGAUAUGCUGGAGACUAAUGUGCCUCGAGAAAUCCCGGAGAGGAUGCUGAUUGAGAGAGAUAUUUUUGGAUGGGAAGCAAUGAAUGUCAUUGCAUGUGAAGGUGCUGAGAGGAUUGAGAGGCCAGAGACAUACAAGCAGUGGCAGGUUCGUGCUUUAAGAGCUGGGUUUAGGCAGCUACCAUUGGACCGGGAGAUCUUCGCAGCAGCAAAAGAGAAGGUAAAUGCACUAUACCAUAAAGAUUUUGUGAUUGACGAAGAUAGCCAGUGGUUGCUCCAAGGAUGGAAGGGUCGGAUUAUUUAUGCACUCUCUUCAUGGAAGCCUGAUUCUUAAAAUGUGCUCCUCUUCAUAUCAGUAGACAGGAUCAUAAGGUUCGACUUGUGGCCUGUUUACUACCCACAUGCAAUGAUGGUUUCUAUCAUGAAUUUCUGAAUCAAUAACUUUAAGGACAUUGGCAGUGGAUUGUUUUCUGUUGCUGAUUAUGAUGCUAUACAAUGGCAAUUCUUCAGUUGCAUGCAGCAGCAGCAGCAAUUGUCAAUUUGAUAAGGUGAAAGAUUCAUCUGAUCUACAUGAAGCCCGGUUCUUGUAUCAUGGUAAAUAUAUGAAUGCAGGAAAAGGAAAGGGAAGAAAGAAAGGAAUGGUACCUGAACCCUCCUCUCUCAUGGUUUCAACAGAAGCAAUUCUAAAUUAAUGCUUAUUUUUAGGGUAGUUAAUAGUGAUUCAAAAUUAAUGCAGUAUUGGACUGGCUGUUCUUUUACUUGAAAAUUUUGUUGCAAAAGAGGUCAUCUUCAUGGCUAUGGCAUUAACUUUCAAGCAGACCUUGUAUAGAAUCUAUCAACUUCAGUAAUGUUUUCCUUGUUUAUCAGUAA